AUGUUUGCAUCCUUAUUCUUCCAUUUUUUGCAUUCUUAUUUCAACCGCAAAUCCUUAUUUCAUACAUCCACAAUGUUUGCAUCCUUAUUUCAUACAUCCACAAUGUUUGCAUUCUUAUUUCAUACAUCCGCAAUGUUUGCAUCCUUAUUUCAUACAUCCACAUACUUGCAUCCUUAUUUCAUACAUCCUGAUGUUUGCAUCCUUAUUUCAUACAUCCUGAUCCCUUAUUUCAAUCCACAAUGUUUGCAUUUCCAUCCUCAAUGUUUGCAUCCUUACAUCAUCCACAAUGUUUGCAUUCUUAUUUCAUACAACCGCAAUGUUUGCAUCCUUAUUUCAUACAUCCACAAUGUUUGCAUCCUUAUUUCAUACAUCCACAAUGUUUGCAUCCUUAUUUCAUACAUCCACAAUGCUUGCAUCCUUAUUUCAUACAUCCACAAUGUUUGCAUUCUUAUUUCAUACAACCGCAAUGUUUGCAUCCUUAUUUCAUACAUCCACAAUGUUUGA